UUUACAGUGUUGUUUUUUUCGUUUUGUAGGAGGAGACAGAGAACGAAUGACAUCAAAUCAUGAGACCUACCUCCUUAUGGCCACCACUCAGAAUGACAUGGAGGAUUGGGUGAGGUCCAUCCGCAGGGUUAUAUGGGCACCCUUUGGAGGAGGAAUAUUUGGGCAGAAGCUGGAAGACACCGUUCGUUACGAGAAACGAUAUGGAAACCAUUUGGCUCCGUUGCUGGUAGAACAGUGUGUAGAUUUUAUUCGUCUGCGGGGGCUGAAGGAAGAAGGACUUUUCCGAUUGCCGGGUCAGGCUAACCUCGUCAAAGAGUUACAGGAUGCCUUUGAUUGUGGAGAGAAGCCACUGUUUGACAGAAAUACAGAUGUACACACAGUGGCCUCACUUUUGAAACUCUACCUCAGAGAGUUGCCAGAGCCUGUGAUCCCAUAUUCCAAAUAUGAAGAGUUUCUCUCCUGUGCCAAAAUGCUCAGCAAAGAAAAGGAAGCGGGGCUGAAUGAAUUAGCAAAGCAAGUGAAGAAUUUGCCGCUCGUCAACUUUAAUCUACUCAAGUACAUUUGCAGAUUUCUGGAUGAAGUUCAAUCCUAUUCUGGAGUCAACAAAAUGAGUGUGCAAAACCUUGCAACUGUGUUUGGCCCCAACAUCCUCCGUCCCAAAGUGGAAGAUCCUUUGACAAUCAUGGAAGGUACUGUUGUGGUCCAGCAAUUAAUGUCCAUGAUGAUAAGCGAACAUGAGCUAUUGUUUCCCAAGGAUGCAGAUUCUCAAAUUGGACAGGAGGUUUGCAAUAACAACAAUGAGAUCCAAAAGAAAGUGAUCAUUGGUCAGCUCCAGAACAGAGAAAAUAAUAAUACUAAGGAGUCAUCACCAGUAAGGCAGUGCUCAUGGGACAAGCCUGAAUCUCCUCAAAGAACCAUGGUGGACAAUGGAUCUCCUACAGCUCAGCCUGGAAGCAAAUCUAAUAGUCCAAGGAACAGCAUUCACAAACUGGACAUGACUAGGAGUCCACCCCUUACAGUGAAAAAAAAUCCAGCAUUUAAUAAAGGCAGCGGCAUAGUCACCAAUGGGUCCUUCAGUAGUUCUGUAGAGAGUCAAGAGAAAACAUCACCAUCUCUCCCUAAUGGUACCUUGCAGACCAGAAGAACAUCUUCUCUGAAAGGGCCAGUAACCAAAAUGGGUACGCACAGUGUACCCAACGGAGGGGUACGAAUGGGUAUUUCCAGCACUGAUGCCCAUAGCAACUCUUUGAACAGCCGUUGCCAGAGCUGGAUGCCUAAUGGGUACGUGACCUUGAGGGACAACAAGCAAAAGGAGCCUAUGAGUGACUCAGGCCAGCAUAACAGACUUUCUACUUAUGACAACGUGCACCAACAGUUCUCAGCAGUGAACGCUGAAGAUAAGCAGAGUGUUGACAGUGCAACUUGGUCCACGUCCUCUUGUGAAAUAUCCCUUCCAGAACAUUCCAACUCCUGCCGAUCGUCCACCACCACGUGUCCUGAACAAGACUUUUACGGGAGCAAUUUUGAAGACCCGGUUUUAGACGAGCCCCAACAGGACAAUCUCCUGAACGCGGCUGAGUGUGAGAGCAAAGUGGACCGGAGAAGCGUCGGGGGCCGAAGCAGCAGGGCUACUAGCAGCAGUGACAACAGUGAAACCUUUGUUAACAACACAGGCAAUCACAGUGCUUUGCACAGCCUUGUUUCCAGCUUAAAGCAGGAAAUGACAAAGCAAAAACUGGAGUAUGAAAUGAGGAUAAAAAGCCUUGAACAGCGGAAUCUCUCGCUAGAGACCGAAAUGAUGAACCUCCAUGACGAAUUGGAGCAAGAGAAGAAGAAGUUUACAAUGGUCGAAAUCAAAAUGCGCAAUGCUGAGCGGGCCAAAGAAGACGCAGAGAAACGGAACGACAUGUUGCAGAAAGAGAUGGAGCAGUUUUUCUCAACGUUUGGGGAACUGACAGUUGAGCCGCGUAGGACAGAACGAGGAAACACCAUAUGGAUCCAGUGAGGGCUGUUCCUGCUGCUCAACAAGACUGUGGGAUUCUGGGAAGAGGAUAGCUG